UUGGACCUGGAGAAGAUGAAACGAAAUAAUGAAGAUGGUUCCAGGACCCGGAGUAAACGAAUAUCAACCGAACCAAGGAAGAAACCUGCUCCGAGCAACCAGGAUACUCAGCUGGCUGGAACACCGGUUGAACCGCAUGUACGUAGGAUUGGAGAUUUCCUGAUUGGUCCCAAGCUGGCAGUUUCUCCUGUAAAAUCCAUCCUGCAUUGUUUGGGUAGGAAGGACGGGACGGAUAGAUAUUAUCUUCUCAAGAUCCUACAUUUAGGAAUAGGAACUAAAGAAUCUCAGGAUGAGAGACAGGGUAAGAUGUUGCUCCACACUGAGAAUUCAUUACUGAGUCUGCUAGAAGGAGAACCUGGAGUUAUUCAGAAACAUUUCACAUUCUCGGACACAGCUCUCCAGGAGGAGGAAACAGUAUCUCAGAAUCAGAUGGUUUACACUGGAAGAAAAGUUAGACGAAUAGUUCUAGUUCUGGAUUGUGUUGCGCCGCAUAAUUUCUCCCCACAGACUCAGGACCUUGUUAAUCUUCAGCACCAUGUUAUCAGAGAGAAGAAGUUGGAGGAGAGAGAAACCCUGGUCAUUUUCUACAAUGUUGUCAAAAUAGUAGAAAAUCUUCACAACAAGAAUAUAGUUCAUAGAGAUCUGAAGCUGGGAAAUGUUGUGUUGGAUCGGAGAAGCCAGGAGGUGACCUUGACCAACUUCUGUCUGGGUAAACAUCUGAUGCGUGAUGAUGAUCUUCUCAAGGAUCAACGAGGAUCACCGGCAUACAUUUCUCCAGAUGUACUCAGUGGAAAACCUUAUCUAGGUAAGCCCAGUGAUAUGUGGGCUCUAGGUGUGGUUCUCUAUACAAUGCUCUACGGACAGUUUCCGUUCUACGAUAGCGUUCCUCAGGAACUGUUUAAUAAAAUCAAGGCUGCCGAAUUCUCUAUCCCGGACGACGGACGAGUGAGUGAGGAUACACGGAAUCUGAUCCGACGCUUGCUUGUCACGGACCCGGAGAAACGUCAGACCGCUGCACAGGUAAAGCACAGUGUGGAGAGUAUUAUUCUGAUGUGGAGAAAUAUGUCUCCAAUUCCAACCAAUCUCCAGGUUGUUCCACAGAUGGAGGACGCGGAGCGACCGGAGGCUCUGCGAAAGAAUGAUUACGGAGAUAAUUUAUUAUUAAAUCUGGGAAAUCUCCGAGAAACUGGGAAUGAAAACAAACAUGCCUCUAAACUCCUCCGAGAGGGUAAAACAGGAAUUAUCCCUGUACAUAAACUAGGAGAAGAUGCACGUCCCCUCUCCGCAGAAGAAUACAGACUUUAUAGUCAGGUUAUUACACAGAUGAGAGGAGGUAGGGUGAGAUCUAAUCGACAAAGUUCUCCAAAUAACCAGGUUUUGGUGAGACCUGAUAAAUUGCAAGGAUAUCAACGUGUGACGGGGAGACCUAAUCUCUCAGCACCCACCACCACCUCCUCGCUCCCAGCUCUUGUACCUGAUCAAGCAGAAGUUCUAGAUCUGUCUCAAGGUCCUAGAAGAGAUGAACCUCCUUCUCGGAGCACUGUCCCGCCCUAUGUAGGCCAAGGAAUGCCCGCCCCCUCCCAAACUAGACCAGGGGUGGUUAGGAGUAACAGUGCAUUGUCUUUAGUGGGAGCCCUGAGAAGGUUGGGAACUAGAGUUAAUCUUGUUCCAGUUUCCUCCGAGGGUGGAUCUAGGUCUAGAAGUAGUUCUCAUGGUUCAAGAUCUGGUUCAGGGAGUAGUUCGAGCAGAUCAUCUAGUAGACAUCAUAGACAUUCCACUAGACACAGAGAUUCCGACCGUUCUAGGUCUCGGAGACAUCAUACUAGGGAUACUGAUGGUCCUUCUAUAGUUCCUGCUCCAACCUUUCCUGCUCCCGCUCCAAUUCUUAAUAUUCCUGCACACGCAGAUCAAGGACUUGCUCUACCACUUGCUGAGGCAUCAAGACUACUCGGAAUCACGUUGGAGCCAAUACCUAGGCAACCAGCUCCAACCCAUCGUGCUGUUCCGAUGGAUUAUUCCCGCGACCUGGAUACGUCGGAGCAGCGACUUCCGGUAAGUCUUGGAAACCAGGAGGAGGAGGAUCAAUCACUACCAGAGCAACAACUACCAGAUAUUUUAUAGAUAAUUCAUCCUAGCCGCUAUGCUUCUCCUAGAGAAAUACCUUGAUUUUGCACCAAGACUAUUACAGCUGAAUUUAGAUGGAGAAAAAUUUAUUAACUUAGACAAUUAUGUAGUUAGUUAGUUAGCUAGUUAGAAGGUCAGACGUUCUCUAUAAGCGUUCAAUGUUUCUGAACCCAUAAAAACUAAAUUUUUGCUUUCCUUACAAAUUUUGUAAUACUCCGCGUCCUAUCUCCUUGCUUAGUAAAAAUCUAUAAAAAAAUCACACAAAUUGCAUUUACGCUUUAAACUAUGAUUACAUAGUACACAGUACACACUGUAAAUCGUAUUUUUUAUUUUGGUGUUAUUCUUAAUUAUCUUUUCCCCAUAGCUUUAUUUCUAACACCAUUAUAUAUUGAGAUAUUAAAAAAUGUCCUAACCAGAUGCUACGCCUCCCUUGAAUACAUCAUGUAAAUCGUAAAUUUAAUUUUUAGUUUUUUUUCUUCUGAGCAUGUUUUGUUUAUCACAUAUUCUAAUAAUCUCAACUAUCUAUGUAAUUCACAAACAAUCAUAUUUUUAAUUUCAGAAAA